CAAAAUUUUCAAACGGGAUUGAAUAAUAUUCGCUGAUAUUUUUGUUUGAGAAUUUCCCACCGGAAAACAGUGAAAAUAUGACGAUAAGUGCUUUGCAGCACUUUCCCGACGUGUGUCGGCUAUGUUUGCAUCACAAACCGGCACCGGAGAUGGUUCCGCUCGGCAGUACCCCGCCGGAGUACGAUGCACAGCUCGUUGAUCUGCUGGAGGAUUUCUGCGCCCCCACACCGAAGGAUCUCAACGCGCAACUUCCGUCUGCCCUAUGCGAGCAAUGCCAACAGGAAUUCAUGGCGGCAUAUAAAUUCAAGCGAAAAAUGGCUUUCUUGCUAGAUUUCCAGAUCGCUUUUGUCAAACUGAAACAGAGUGAUCCCAAUCCCUUGCGGCAGCUGUUUGAUGAGUCUCAUGAUUACAUGAACUUGCAAUUUCAAGAACUGAGUCUCAUAGAACCGGAACAUACUCUUUGUUGGGAUGAUUUAGAGUGCACCGAAGCCGAGGCGAAAGAAGUCAAUCCGGAAACCGUUGGAAAUGUCGAGGUUAUAAUGAACGACGAAACUGAUGAAACAGAACCGCACGUUUUUCAUAUUGAGUUACUAGAAGACAGCAGUAGCGAGUGUUUAUCGGAUAACUCUGCCAACAUCGAGGUGGAGUAUCUAGAAUUUGAGCAAGAAGCAGAAGAUCAGACUAUGAUCGUUGAAGAACCGGAAAGCAGUCCGGGGGAACGGCGGUCUCCUGCAUCGAAAGUGAAAUAUGAGAAACCUCUGAGCUGUGACAAAUGUCGGUUUUCGACUUACUACAAAGAUACAUUUGAAUAUCACAAGCAGAAGCAUGUGGAGCAGGAAACGCAAACCGAGUGGAAAUGUGGAAUCAAUGAUUGCGAGGAACAGUUUGAUUGGAAAGAUCUUCUGGUACGACACAAGAGAGAAGUCCAUCAGUGCUGUGUUUGUGACAUUUGCGGAGUAGUGCUGAAGAAUAAGUAUUCUUUGGAUGUACACGUUCGGAGACAUAAAGGCGAGACACGGUUCACUUGCAAGUACUGCCCUUCCACGUUCUAUACGGCUCAAGAGCACAAGUUACAUCUAGGGUUGGUUCAUGUUACGAGCGAAAGAGUCAAAUGUGGAAUCUGUGGUCUAGAAUUUAAGAAUGCCACUUGCCUAAAGCGACAUCUGAAGUCUCAUUCCGAGAUUCGAAGUUACCAGUGCCCUUUUUGCGAAAAGGCAUUCAAAACCACAAUGCAUUUGCACCGACAUAAGGAAACGAUUCACCUGAAAGUUCGAUUCAACUGUGACUACUGCGACACAUCCUAUGGGCGAAAAGACAAGCUCCGGAUGCACAUAGAACGAGUUCACAACAUCCAAACGUAUUUCCUGUGUGACAUAUGUCUGAAAUCGUUCUCCACCGAGGAUCAGCGCCAAGAACACAUGGGCCACCAUGCUAAUCCCAAACCGCUGGAGUGUGCCAUCUGCUUGGUGGCUUUUCUAACUCAGGACGAAUUCGAUAAGCAUCUUUGCAUUUCCUACCGGAAGGAUUACGUUUGCUGUGAGCGAGAUUUCAAAUUCCACUCUUUCUACAACAAACACACGUUUCUGGUGCACGGUCUGAGAACAAAUGCCCGCGUUAAACCGGCAGUCAAUAAGUUGAUAGCAAAUGUGCGUGCAGAGCGGAAACAAGAAGAGCGUUGUGCUAAAUGUGAACGAACUUUUACAACCAGAAAGCAGAAAAAUGCUCAUAGGAAGGUUUGCCGCGGGAAGCAGUGAGAAGACCAAUCAAUUGAAAGGAU